AUGGCGCGCACCCCCAAGACGGCCCAUAUCAAGGCGCAGAUGGCCGAGCGGGCGCGGCAGGAGGAGGAGGCACGCAGGAAGGUGACCAGCGCGCGCACCAGAUCGCAGCGAUCACAGGCGCUUCAGGAUGUCCGCGACUCACGGGCCACGCAGUUCGGCCCUCAUGCGACUGCAGAAGGCGACUCAUCCACUGGCGAUGAAGAGGAGAAAGCGGCCGAAGAGGAAGAAGAUGUCGCAGAAGAAGAGGAAGAAGAAGAUGAUGAAGAGGAAGAAGACGCCGAAGAUGCAGACGAAGAGGGAGAAGAUGCAGACGAAGAGGAAGACGGAGAUGAAGAGAAGAAAAAGAAGAAAGCAGCUACCAAGGGCGGGCAGCGCCAAGGGAAGAAGCGCACCGUUUCCAACGUUGAAGACGAGGACCUGGUGCACGUUCUAGCGUUCAAGGCCCAGCAUGACUCGUGGCCCCUGCUUGAUGUCAGCCUACAGGAGUACAUGGAUGCGACACGACAGAAGAUCGUCAUCGAGGAGGUCAUCAACGUGGCUCGCCGCAACGCAGACUUGCGUAAGCAGGUCCGCUUCCGAGGGCUUCCUGACACAGAAAUUCCUCUCGUGCCCGACGAGUGGGAGCCCUAUCAGCGGAAGUACAUCUGCACACACGGCUGGAAGGAGCGUGAGAGAUCGACGGGGAAGAGGACGUCGCACAAGCUCCGCCGCACUGAGUGUCCGUUCCAGAUGCUUGCACAAAUCGUCCUUCGCCGAGAUGGAAAGUUGGGCAUCGUCAUGAAGCGAGAAGUCUACAGCCACAACCACCCCAUUUCCGACGACAUCUACAGGUCUUACCCAGGUAUUCGCCAGGUUCCUGCCGAGUCUCCGCUCAUGCCCGGAAUCGAGCUCCUGUGGCUUCAUGAAACCAUCAAGAAAUCGCAGACCUAUGGAGCCUACGAAGCAGAAGUUUUGACGCAGAUGAAGCACACCAUCACGAACAUGACAUACUCCAGAACUGAGGAAGACUAUGUGCGGCAUCGGGAUGAGUUCAAGAGUCUGGCCUCGCGGAAUGGUCGUGUGGAGCUAUGGGAGUAUUUCGACAAGAACUGGAAUGCGUGCCAAGAGAUGUGGGUGAUGGCAUACCGUGUCGAUUUACCACACUUCGGCAAUCACACGAAUAAUCGUGUCGAGAGCCUAUUCGGUAAGCUGAAGCGAAAGCUGAAAGGCCAUCUAACUAUGCGCGCUAGUCUGGAGGUGCUUCUGGAAUAUCAGCGCCGUAAAGAAGAAGCCUAUCGGUCCAAGGUCGGGAUGCCGGGUACCCUGAGAGACGCCUCGUACCCUGAGGAGUUGAACGUCGCUCUGGGCAUGACCACGAGGUGGGUAGUAGCUGCUCUGAAGACACAAUUUGACAUUGCUACGAACCCCGGGGUUGUCGAUACCUACGCUUUCAAGGACAAUGGCGCUACGAUCACCGUACAAAGCGAGGAGAACGAGUAUCUCCUCGAGAAGGAAGGCAGGGUGUGCGACUGCGAGUUUUCGCAGACUACGAAGCUUCCGUGCAGACAUGCAAUGGUCUACAGAAAAGUGUGUGGAAGCCCCUUCAUCAUCCCAUUCUCUUCCAUUUCGUCCAGGUGGUUUGGACAGAAUCGCAUCUCGCAACAGGACUUGAUGGAGGUGGAAAAUCCGUUCGUUGCUAAGCUCUACAAAGGGCAUCCAGCUGCGAGCGCUGGCAGUUUGAGUGAAGCCGAGAAGUAUCGGCGUUCGCAGCAGGCGUUUGGUCGAAUCAGCAGCGAGCUUGUCCGGUGCGAUGACACUGUGUUCGAGUCUGCGAUGAAGCAGAUUGAUAAGUGGUGGUACGACUUACGUCAAGGGAAGUUUCCGCUGGUGCAAGCUGAUGCAGACUUCGUCGACGAUUCGGGCCCCGAUCGGGUUGGCGCUAGUGGUGGCGGGGCCAACAGUAUUAGCAGUGAUAGCCACGGAGGCGGUGGAGGUAGCCCAGGAACGGGGGGUACGAAUGAUCGUCCUAGUGCUUCUGGUGGAGAGGAUGCAGCUCACGAAAAAGGACCAGAUGACGACGAAGACGAACCCCCGACUCAAGUGACAGCCUCCGCCCAGGAAUCGGUGCAGCCAGGCAAAGGCUCAAAGGUUCGACUGACAAACAAGAGGCGUGUCGGUCGACCACGGUUGAAUCGUGCUCAGAUGAGAGAGAAGGCAGCAUUGGCGCUGAAAGAAUACAACAAUGGAAUGAAACUCAGAGCUCUACUACGAGAUAAGGACGUGACGGAAGUGGCAGCAACGCUGGAAUUGAUUAAGCCAGGUGUCCGCGAGCUCAGCUCGGUUGUGCGCUUCCGACUACCGGAGUCCGUCGUUGAAGACGCUCUAGCUAAACUGAGAGGUGGUUUGGCAAAAGGGGAGGAGAUUGAGCUGGACAGUGAUGGAGGGGUGACACGCGAAACGGAAGGUUACGUGGUCGCCAUUGAGAAAAAGGGUAAGAUGGGGAAGCACAUACUCGCACCAACGUCGCUGGACGAGGUUGCUAGUGGUAUUGAGGCGCAUGCUUUUGUAUUUAUGCCGGUCAAUUUUGGUGGAGUUCAUUGGGGAUACAUCGUAGUGAACCGUGAAGCGCGGCUAGUGAAGACGUAUGACAGCAUGGGUGGGAAGAGAAACAAGAAACGGCUUAAGAAGAUGGCAAGCGAGCUCCUUGCAGGCCCCCUUGAGGAUGAAGCUUACAGCGACAUCGAAGUGACGGAGCCGAAGCAGACAGAUGGCGAUAGCUGCGGGGUGUUUGCGUGCCGUCUAUUGUGGACGUGCGUUGACAGCGAAGUGCCAAGUGAUGUGUCUCCCAGUGGCGUCACCAAGCUGCGUUGGGCAAUGCUGCACAAGAUCACCACGAUGAAGCGUAGCUAG